UAGCAACACUUUAACACCUAAUUCGGAUAUUCAUCACGCUUUUUUAAUGUGUAAACAAAUUUUUAAAACGGAGCCACACAAAAUACCUGCAAAUGCGCCUUAUAUUAAAACAGUGUUGUGAAAUACUCCAGGCAGCUAAAGAGUACUGCCGCGAUACUUAUCGAAUAGAAGUAUCGUAUCACCAUCGCCUAGUUGCAACAACAACGAGAACGUCAUCUAGAUAUGCGCGAUUUACGAUAGCUCCUAAGAGAGCAUCAAAACAAUGCAGAGCAACGCAUCUCUAAGUGCUCGGUUGGAAAACAAAUAUAAACCAAACGAGCGCCCAGAAUUGUUAACAUAUAUUCACAAACACAUCAUUGCUGUCGCAGGCGAUGGCGUUUGCCCGGAGGAAUAAAGAGGAUCCACUCUCGUCGAACGACGAUGAGAUAAUGCAAAUCAAAAUAAUUGAGCUGCAGGACAAAUUGGACGAUAUCUUGAGCAAUCAAGACUUGAUAAUCACCCUCCUAGGCCAAGUAGCAAAUCCUCUGGGAAGCACUAUUUUGACCGGCUCUUCUGAAUCCACAGAGGAAAGAACGGAAUAUUUCCCAGUGCGAGAGCCGCAAGAACUGACAAAAUUAGACUCCGAAUUGGCCAGGGCCGGAAAUAGCUUUAUUCCUAUGAUGAAGCGAAUAUUGCGCCCAGAAGGCAUCAUCCAGCCACUCAAGGAUAAUAUUCCCAAGAUAUUCGGAGAGGAAAUAAUAAUGGGCUUCAACUUCGAUGGUGUUAACCACAAGCAGCCGUUUAGGCAGUUUAAGAAUAUUAACAAGACCAUCUAUGAGAUUCAAAAAAGAAGUGGAUACACUGAAGCAGACUACAUCGCAGACAUAAGAAUCACCUUCCACACACUGAAGCGGCGCUAUCAUAAAAGAAAACACGAUGUGAUGAGGAGGAGUAAAUUGAACAAAUUCUUUGACUGAGUUCAGCAAAGAAUAUGUGCUUAAGAGCAGUUGUGCUUAUGAUAGAAAACAGCAAAUGUGACAAUAGCAUAGUUACUAACAUCAUAAUGACAAUUCAAUGAUGAGCCCAAAGACAUUUACAAGACACACUGAACGAGGCAGUGCAGGCAGUGAAGCCAGAGAAGAUCGAUUACCUGAAAAAGAUGUUUUUACUCAAGUUUCUUCCUGAAUUUUUACGAAUAUGUGUUGCGUAGGAGAGAGAUAGUGACCGACCCUUUUGAAUGGUUUUCUUCUUAAAAAUAUACUAUAUUCUUAUGUUCGUUAUAUUGAAAAA